GGCCGACACCACCUCGCUCACGCAACAUGUGUAAUUCCUAUCCCUUCCUAUGAAUUUGAGGUGCACCUGAUCCUGGACUGCUUUGCGUGACCAAACUCAAGAUAUCAGCUACAUCCUUUUGAAAUUUAAUCCAUUGAUUAUUUUCUUUUCUCUCGCCGAAAAUGGUGCCUUACGUUCAGUUAUUGUUGGCGGAAGCAAGUUUGCCAGAAGUCAAAAUGGCUCCUCCCCGGAACAGAUUUCCUAGGAAGUGAAGCUGUGACGGCGAAGCGUUGCCCGACCCCUCUUGGGGCUAGUUCCUUUUGCCCUUAGUAGACAUGGCGCUGGCCAGCGUGUUGGAGACUCCGCUACCUGUGAACCAGCGCGGGUUUUUCGGACUCGGAGGUCGUACGGAUCUGCUGGAUCUGGGUCCAGGGAGUCCCAGAGAUGGGCUGAGCCUGACCGCGCCCGGCUGGGGCGUCCCAGAGGAGCCGGGAAUCGAAAUGGUCCAUGGAACCACCACGCUGGCCUUCAAGUUCCGCCAUGGCGUCAUCGUCGCGGCCGACUCCCGGGCCACAGCAGGGGCCUAUAUUGCCUCCCAGACGGUCAAGAAGGUGAUUGAGAUCAACCCGUACCUGCUGGGCACCAUGGCCGGCGGCGCGGCCGACUGCAGCUUCUGGGAGCGGCUGCUGGCUCGGCAGUGUCGCAUCUACGAGCUUCGGAAUAAGGAACGAAUCUCGGUGGCGGCUGCCUCCAAGCUGCUGGCCAACAUGGUGUACCAGUACAAGGGCAUGGGGCUCUCCAUGGGCACCAUGAUCUGCGGCUGGGAUAAGAGGGGCCCGGGCCUCUACUAUGUGGACAGCGAAGGGAACCGCAUCUCGGGAGCCACCUUCUCUGUGGGCUCUGGCUCUGUGUACGCCUACGGUGUCAUGGAUCGGGGCUAUUCUUACAACCUAGAAGUGGAGGAGGCCUACGACCUAGCCCGCCGGGCCAUCUACCAAGCUACCUACCGAGAUGCCUACUCAGGGGGCGCUGUCAACCUCUACCACGUGCGGGAGGACGGCUGGAUCCGGGUGUCCAGCGACAAUGUUGCUGACCUGCAUGACAAGUACAGUGGUUCCACCCCCUGAAGGAGGGGUGCAAUUGGCUACUUGCACUUCUUGGGGUGACUCUCACUGAUAAUAUGGAUAUAGCACCCUUUCCUAUAGUGGAAGGGCCCACAGGUAUUUGAUUGCUUUGUGAAAGUUCCGGAACAUUGACCUCUGUAUGUUACUAAUUGUUAAUAAGCUGCUGCAGAGUGUGACUGUUUGUUUUCUUUUCUUGGAUGUUAGCAUUACACUACCCACCUACUGGA